AUGGAGACAUCAAGCGAGGCAAAAUCCUGUCGGCAAACCUUUGAGUCGCUUGGUUUUCGGGAGCACAUACACUCAUCAAGCUUGCGGCAACAUGCAUGUUUCGCUGACAACAUCAAUGCUGUACAUCGUCUAGACUCCACCACCUCAACUGCGGUCGCUUCAACAUCUUCCGCUCGUUCAACCGGUCCGAGACCAAAUCAACAGGAACCGAGGCCAGUCGACUCGAUCAGUCAUUCUGGGGAUUCUUUGAGUUGCCCAGGCAACAGUCUCAGUCGUGAAGCCACACGAACUGACUUUGUUGCAGGCAUCUUCGAGCCGAAGACGACUUGUCGAGCUGAAUCCUUUGCAUUGUUGCCACCGUCCAGAUCCGUUCGUCUGCAGCGUCUUUUCGUCCCAGACGCCAUUUGUAGUAUUCCAAAGGCAAUAACAGCCUGUACGCCCAGUUCAAGCAAGGUCGUCACCGCGACCCAGAGAUCAUCGAAUGAAACGAGCCAGCACGAGGCUGACAACGGGACCCGGCAUCACCUGUCAACCUCAGGGUGA